UGCCAUUAGGUCCAGUGUAAACCAUCCCGGCUAAAAUUCUUCUUUCUGACAAUGGCUCUCUCAGGGCGAGAUGUGUUUUUACUUUAAUGGGUGAAAAAGGAGAGAAAAAAGGGUGCAGAGCGCAGAGUAGAUCCCUGCCAGGAGGGAGUGCGGUUCAUGUGCUGCCGGGGAUUGUAGGGGCUACACGAGACCCUGAGGAAGGACGAGGCUUUUUCCACAAGAAUGAUGUGCACCACUUUAAGCCCAACAGCUCGGGGGCCGGGCCUCUCGGACAUGCACCAAUACAGCCAGUGGCUGGCUAUCCGCCAUGAGGCCGAUCUGCUUCCCAUGAAAGAAGACCUGGCUCUAUGGCUGACAAACAUGCUGGGGAAGGAAGUAACGGCAGAAACAUUCCUGGAGAGGCUGGAUAAUGGGGCCUUACUGUGUCAGCUGGCGGAGACUCUACAGGGUCAAUUUCGAGAGAAGCUCAUGGAGACGCGCAAAACUGUCAAGGAUCUGCCAACUAAGAGGAUACCGUACCGUGCCAACGCCCCGCCAGGGUCCUUCUUCGCAAGAGACAAUACGGCCAACUUUCUGUCCUGGUGCAGGAGUAUUGGUGUCGGGGAGACCUGUUUGUUUGAGUCAGAAGGUCUAGUUCUACACAAGCAGCCCCGAGAAGUUUGCCUGUGCUUACUAGAGCUGGGGAGAAUCGCAGCGAGGUUUGGCGUGGAGCCCCCCGGAUUAAUAAAACUGGAAAAAGAGAUUGAACAGGAAGAAACCCUUUCAACCCCCAUCCCGUCCCCGUCCCCCUCCCCCACAAAGACCUCCUCCGUGAAAAAGAGCGCUGGGAAGUUAUUAGAUGAUGCGGUUCAGCGUAUCUCAGAAGAUCCUCCUUGUAAAUGUCCCAGUAAGUUCUGCGUGGAGCGUCUCUCUCAAGGACGGUACAAAGUUGGAGAGAAAAUCCUGUUCAUAAGGAUGCUCCACAACAAGCACGUGAUGGUUCGCGUCGGCGGAGGAUGGGAGACGUUCGCCGGGUAUCUGCUCAAACACGACCCCUGCAGAAUGCUGCAAAUAUCCCGCGUGGACGGAAAAACCUCUCCGGUCCAGAACAAGUCUCCCACCAUCAAAGAUAUGAGCCCCGAUACCUAUUUAGUGGUCUCCGCCCAUUACAAAUCCAAAAGGGAGAUCAAGUGAGGCCACGCGGUGCACCCCCCACGUCAGAGUCCCGGGUCAUCCUGAAGAAGCCCUCACUGCACCUCACAAGACGCCGCGCUCGGAGUCGCCUCUACCCUCCUUUUACUUCUCCGUGGCUUUCAUCUGAGCUACCCAAAAUAGUUUUUCCAUAAACUAUAGGAUUUUUGGUUUUCUAAAAGUAGGCCUAUGUGGGUGCGGGUGAUUGUAUCUUACCCCUCAGACCGGGGGUAUUAGGGCAGUGCCCAAUGCCCCCCGCUGCUGUAGACGCCCACAUGCUUCCUUUCCGUCCCAUUCAGAGAACGGGGUGUAGGGGUGAAACCCCAUCUAAUGGAUUACUGUAGUCCAGGGAUGGCCAACCUGAGGCUCUCCAGCUGUUGCAAAACUACAACUCCCAGCAUGCCCAGACUGCCUAGAGCUAUCCACCUACAGCAGGGCAUGGUGGGAGUUGUAGUUUUACACCAGCUGGAGAGCGGCAGGUUGGCCAUCCCUGUUAUACUCAUUAGCUCAUGACUAUAAGCCCCGCCCAUAAACCUAAAGACCCAUCGGUUUGGCCCUUGCCCUGUAGUAGAACUUACAUUCUUAAAGGGUAAGUCCACAAAUGGGGGGGGGGGGGUUUGGUCCAAUGCAUCUAGAAUGCAAAAAAAAAUUUUUUAUUACAUGUAAUUUUGAUUACAAAUCCCUUACCGUUUUGUGUUUGCAGCUCCUUUGCAGACUCAGGCAUGUCCAUGGUAACAGACUAGCCGUGUAGCCUAAUUCUGCAUCUUUCUGCAGGAUCUGACUACGCAGGGUUUGCUCGUAGUCUGUUGCCGUGGAGACGCAUUGAAGCUGUAGGCACAAAACAGUGGGAGGUUUGUAAUCUUGACUAUUUGCAAUGUU